ACACCGAGAGCCAUAUGGUGGUCGUUUCUUCUUUGGCACUGCUACUUGUGCUCUUGUCCUGUUCUUCUUCUCCAACUGUCCGUGCAGCAGCAGCUGAUGAACACGAGUACACACUCGUGGCGAUCAGCUCGCUGAAACCGAAAGCUUCCCGCUCCGGACACAGGGUGUCUCCACCCCAGAACCGCACGUGGGCGCCGCUGAGCCUCUCGCAUGGCUCCUGUUCACCGUCGUCGUCGUCAGGCCGCCGCCGCGGCGCUAAGCCGUCCAUGGCCGAGCUGCUCCGGCAGGACCGGCUCCGCGUGGAGGACAUCCAGAUGAGGCUAUCUGACGAUGCCGACGAGAAGAAGGUUAAGAAGCAUAAGGCGCGAAGCAGCACGACCGACUUGAACAUGCCUAUGAACCAGCAGCCCGCCAUAAGUCCCAACUGGGGCACACAAGGGAGAUCCACGGUAGGAAACCAAUAAUCCAACCGAAUUCGAUUCAAUUAUUCGACCAUUUUCGAUCAGUUGAUUUGGCCACCACAUUUCGAUCCCUAACUGAUAACAAACCGGGACCAGCAGCAAGGCUCCCC